UCAGCCCUCCGCCAGUCGUUGCGGCUCUUCAACUCCCCUCGCGUCCUUGCGCGCUCACAAUCAACCGGUCGCGACUUCCGCCACAACAAGCGUCCCAAUCAUCUCCCUCGUGCGCGACUUCCACGCUGUGGCCCACUGAGUGUGAUACACCAAAGGCCUCGCCCAAGUAUCGAUCCAGAAGUGAGGGUCUGUGCCCUAUAGUGGCGUAUCUGGGGUAAUACUGGAGGCAACGCCGCCUGGAUAUCGCGUACUUUAACCUCAUCUCUGUACUCCCCAAGGUAUCCUGUACCUCAGGGACCAACAGACAUGACUGAUUACGCACAGUAUCAGCAACCUCACCACGGGCAUGCCCCGGCACAUAUGCAGAACUACGGAGCGGCGCCGAACCCGGCGGCGGGGAAUACAUCCAUAACCUCCCCCACGCAACAACAGAUGCAUUCGUAUCAACAACAGUCGCCAAUACUUCCAUCACAAGGCAACCCAUACUCGCAACCUGGCGCGCCAAAUCCUCAGCACUACCAACAGAUCAAUUAUGCCCAGCAGAGCCACAUCCCUCCGGGCAUGCAUGGACAGUAUGGCAUGUCCCCAACACAAGCAGCGGCCAUGGCAACUGCUGCAGCUGCUGGGCCGGCGGGUUAUUACGACCAGAACGCACUCCAAAGCCAACUUGCACAGGACCCUCGGGCGUCUCCACGCCUAUCCGGCAAUCAAAUUAAGACUGAUGGCCGCGUUGCUCCAAGAUCUCCAACGUCGGUAUCGAAUUCCAUGAGUGCCGGCGGCCUCCCGUCUCAGGUUCAGAUGACUCCGAACCAGCAGAUGCAACGACGGAUGAGUACCCAGAUCAGCAGCCCUGCUAUGCAGCAGCCUCAACCCGUGAUGAGCCAUCCGGCUGCCCGGCCAUCAGUUCCACCUCAAAUGCCCCAGCAACCCCCGCCUGUUCAGCAGCAUCAACAAUCUCCCGAGCUUGUUGGCGGGGCACCGGCAGAGGAGGCGCCACUUUAUGUCAACGCCAAACAGUUUCAUCGAAUUUUGAAGAGGCGACUGGCGAGACAGAAACUCGAGGAUGCGCUGCGUCUCACAUCCAAGGGGAGGAAACCUUACCUUCACGAAUCAAGGCAUAAUCACGCGAUGAGGAGGCCACGUGGGCCUGGUGGACGAUUCCUGACAGCAGAUGAAGUUGCGGCAAUGGAGGCCAAUAAGGGCGGCCCGGGCGAAGAGGAUGGGAAUAAGGAAAAUGCCAACACUCCCGCCAAAGCGACGCAAGCUCAGCCUAGCUCCGGGUCAAAGCGGAAGGCUGCCUCGGCCCAACUUAAAGGGACUCCCUCCAACAAAAAAACUAAAACCGGGGCUCCAGUACAACGACCGAGCACUAGUGAGGAUGACGAUGAAGAGGACGAUGACGAUGCCGAUGACGAUGGUUGAAAGACUUGAUUUCCAUCUGGCAUCUUGUUACACUUAACUUCUCAAAUAUCUCUCGACUUUUUGGACCUUUCAUCUUAACCCCUUUAUUUUUAUUUUCAUGAAAUU